AUGGAGUCGCACGUGGCGAAGCAUCAGUGGCUCGAGACCCUCGAGCGGUUCGCGUUCUCGCCCGACCGUGCCGCGGUUGUCUCGUCGCUCGUUCCCGGAAGGUUCUUGCGCCUCUUUUUCAGCGGUACAGUCCCUGCCGUCCCUUAUGCGACGAUUAUUGCUCGCUCCUCCCUCGUUCCAUUUAUUCCCUUUUGUCUCCGCACCCCCGUUCACAUACCUACUCCGCCGCUGCAAGCCAUCGAGGCGGGGGACACUGCGGAGGCGCGCGCCCUUAUCGCCACUCUCCGCGAAGCCGCGGGUCUCAAGCCCGCGUCCGGGGACCCCUCUUCCUCCUCCCCCGCGCCUCCGCGCAAGUCGGCGUUCAAAUCGCGCGACGCGCCGCCGAAGCUCUCGAGCGUGACGGCGGACGCCGCGUUUCUCGGGCCGGGCGGCCUCGUUCGUCUUAUUCAGGAGCUCGAGCUGCGGCUCGCUGUGGCCCUCUGGGACUCUGGAGAGCGCGACUCGUGCGUUGACAUCAUAAAGAAGGCUUCCCCCAUCUCUUCCCACACACACCCGCAUCGCUCAUGCUACAUUCCCUUUCCGCCCACACUUCCCCCCUUGUCCGCCACCUCCCUCCGCCCUUACCCCCGCCCAACCCUUCACAAAUGCCCCCCUUCUCUCCUCCCCCUUCCGCAACCCCCCUCCCGCCCUCCACCCCUCGUCCGGCUGGCGACCAAUCAGGAGCUGAAUGUGACGCUCAACACCGCCCUUCCUGCUAGCAUCGCCGCAGAGCCUGCUGCCCCCGCUAUAGUGCCGGCUUUUGAUGUGACAAUAGAGGAUGCGGAGGGGGCAGUGGCGGCUGUAGCGCCAGCUGUAGCACCCGCCACAGCUGCAGCGGGGACUGAAACAGCUGGUGUGGCAACAGCAAUUGCUGCAGGAGGCGGUUCAGGUGGUGUUUCAGGUGAUUCUGGUGCCAGUGGGACAUCCGCCCUCUCCUCAUUCCCCUCCACUCUGCCGCCCGAGUUCGCUGACCAUUUGUCUCUUCUGGAGCUGACGUGGCAGCGGCAUGGGUGGCAGGGGCUCAAGGAGGGGGGGCUUGCGCCAGUGCUGGCGCGCCUGCUGGCAAAGGGGGAGGCGGAGGGGCAGGGGGGAGGGUCGGGGGGAGGGUUUGGGGGAGCGUCUGGGCGGGGGGUUGGGGUGGGGGCGCUGGUGGGGGAAGCUGCGGGGUGGGUGGGGGGAGCGGUUGGGUGGAUAAAGGGGAAGGGGGGAGGCUGGAGGAGGGGAGAAGGUAUGCAGAAGGUUCCGUUUUGGCUGCAAGAACCGAGUGACAAGAAGUCAGUGCAGCAGCUGCUGAUGCAUGUGCAUCGCCCCUCGAUGCCCCGCUUAGAGGACGCCGUGGCAUGGGAGCUGCAGCGGCUGGAGCGCGAUGAGCCGGAUGCCUUCAGCCGACUCAGCCUCCCAAUUCUGCAGAUCCUCACUCCCCCGCAGCUACAGUCUCUUGCCGCCCGCUUCCCGUCCAUCGCCACACAUCCGCGCAUGCUGGCGCUGCGAGCCAUUCAGAUGCUGCCACGUGGCAUGUCUCAGUGCACCUCCGCACCAACCCCAGAAAGCGUUGAUCAGAUCUUGAGCUACCUGGACCGCAUCCAACCGCUCCUUACCAGCGACCACCUGAAGGCGAAGCUGCUGUUUGCGCGCCUCACAAUCAGCCUUGUGAACGGCCAGGCGGACGCUGCCCUCCUCCUCGCCUUCCUCUCCCUCAUCCACAACGGCCCUUACGGCGUCUUCCCCCCUGCAAGGCCACACGAGGAGGAGGCGUUCGCCUACUUCCCGCUCUUCGCCUCCUGCCCCUCGCCAUCCGAUGUCAAGGAGCUCGUAGCCCAGCUCUUCCGAAACCUCUUCUCCUCGCCCUCCUUCUCCUCCUCCCUCACCUCCCCUCCCUCCGCCUCCUCCUCUGCCUCCCAUUUCGGUCUUCCUACGAGUAUCACCUCUCGCUCUAUGUUCCAUUCGACUCCUGCCACGUCAGCAGAAGCAGCAUCAGCGUCAGCGGCGGCGUCAGCUCAGUUCCCGUUUGCACCGGAUUCGCCGGAGGCAGCGGCGCUGGUGGAGAGGGCCAUGCACACGUGGCAGCCUUUGAUUGGGCAGGGCAAGCUGGACUGGAGCUACGUGGCGCUGCUAUUGGCUGAGAGCCGGCUGUGCUGCGCAGACGACCCCUUCUACCCUGUCUGGGUACACCUCUAUCUCACGUCCUAUCAGCACCAGCACGCGCCUGACAACCCGACAGCUGGCAGCAGCGCAUUGGCCGAGCUGACGGGGCGCUGCCAGCUGGACUUUGCCGCCCACAACCGGCGGGUGUGGCGGGCGGUGGAUUCGGUGCAUCUGGACGUGAUUGUGAAGAACGUGCCUGUACUCGCUGUGAAGCUAUUCGAGGUGGACUCUCUGCGCUAUCUGCUCUCCUCGCCUCGUGACACCGAAUUCUCCAACCUGGGUUCACUGCACGGCCUCAAACCAUGGUAUCAGCAAGAGAUUCAUCUGCAGCAGCAGGAACAGGAACCACAAACUCACCUCCCCACCACCACCACUACUACCACCACCACCUCCUCCUCCUCCUCCGCCUCCCCUUCCCGCCCCUUCUCCCUCAUAAGGCGAAUCCUGAGUGUGGAUCUGCCACAGCUGGCCGGGCGGCGGGGCGUGUUUGUAGUGCAGCUGGAGGGAGGCAGGCUGUGCGCGCGGGCGAUUAUUCGAAAGGGCAAUCUAGUCCACACGGCCACCCUCACCCCUCGCGGACUCUCCAUCCGAAUGCUCAACGAAGAUGGAGCUCUCGUGCUGCCCACCACUGCAACUGGAGGCUCGGAUGGAGGCUCGGCUACAGCCUCGGGUGGAGGUCCGGACCAAGGCUCGGUUGGGGGAGAGCUGAGUCUGGUAGCUGGCACGAGCCUCCAGCAGGGAGUGUUGGGGGGGCGGGCGGCGAGUGUGUGGGUGGAGGGUGUGGAGUAUGCGGUGGGGAGCGGUGGAGAGGUGUUGCUGCCAUUCACCGCCAGCAGCAGGGAGUGCUCUCCUGUGCUCUUUGACGGGUGCCUGGCUGCCGUGGGUGCAUCCGUGCAAGUCCCAGAAGAAAGUUACAACCUCAACUUGCAUGCCUGGCUCGAUCAGCCCUUCCUCCGCCCCUCUGCUGACGUCACCAUCCUCCUCCGCCCCUCCCUCACUCUCUCCCCCUCUCACUGGCACUGCUCCUCCUCUGUCCCAGCCGCCCCCCUCUCUCUCCUGCGCUCCCCUGAGCUCGUAAUUUCCUGGAAGCUUCUGGAAGGCCAGGAUGUGACCGUUCGCAUUCCCAACCUUUCCCUCCGGCCGGAUUCGGAGUUAACGCACAGGACAAAAGUGCCGGACGGCGCAGUUUGUCUGGAAGUGGCCCUCCGGGGAACAGUGGUGCUGCAGAGCAAGGGCGGGCAGGAGAAGGCACUGAGUGCAGAAGCUUCCUGGAAGGUGCUGGCGCCAUUUGAGCCUGGGGGAAGGGCGGCAGCGAAUGGGAGCGCGUGGGAGGGGAGUGGGGCAGGGGGAGGGGCAGGGGGCGGAGGGGGGAUGAUCCUGGGGGAAGUAGGGGGAGUGGAGGGGGGGGAUGGGGGGAAAAAGCAGAGGCCAGUCGAAGUGGAUGUGGGUGGGAGUCCAGCAGGGAAGCUGCCGUCUCACGUGGUGGUGGUGGGCGGGGAGGAGAGGGCAGUCGAGAAAGUGUUCCUGGCAGACUGCACGCAGCAACUGCAGAUGAAGGAGGGCUAUCUGGAGCUACUGACAGUGCCGCCAGGGGACUACUCCCUCUUCCUCCCAUGGGACAACGAGACCAUCUCCAUCCGCGUCCUGCCUCCUCCCCCUUCCUCCUCCGCCCACUCUCUCCCUUCCUCCUCCGCCCACUCUCCCCCACCCUCUUCCCCACACCCCACUCCUGCAUCCACCCCCGCCUCUCUCCCCUGCCCCGGCUGGGCGGUAGACUCGGCGCGCAGAGAGCUCCGGAAAUUGCCGCCCAAGAGCCCGCUCACCAUCUGUGCUGCUGCUGUUGGUGGGAGUGGGCUGGUGCCGGGCAGGGGGAGGGGUGGGGGAGGAGCAGGCGGGGGAGAGGGGAGGAAGGUUCUGUGGGUGAAGCUUGGGGGGUGUGGGGCGCGCACGAGAGUGCAUGUGGUGGUGCGGCAAGGCAUGGUGGCCGGGGCUGUUCCUGGGUUUGAGUUGAGCGUGUUUGGGGGGGGACGCGGGGAGGAGGAGGGGGGGGUGGAGGGAGUGUGGAGGGGAGGCGGGUGGGGAGGGGAAGGAGGGGAGGAGGGGAGGGUGGGGUUGGAGGAGGUGGAGAGUGAGUAUGGCGAGAAGCAGCUCAUGGAUGAGGAGAUCAUCUAUGUACAGAACCGCCAGAAGGCCCUCACCAGCAGCAGCGGAGCAGCAGAGCGUGUGGGACAUCUGCUGCCCCUGCCGUCCCUGCUCAUCCACCCGCGUGUCACCGCUGCCACCACCACCAAGCGCGCCCCUCCCCCUCCACGCCAGCUCCACUCUGACCCCGCUGCAAAGAAGAAGCAGCUGAUGGGAGCGAUGCUGCAGCGCAAUCAGAUGGACAAGGAUAUGAUGGUGUGGCAGGAAUGCGCAUCCAUGGCCAUGGGUUUUGCUGCACCACAAGCCGCCAUGUGUUUCGCAGGCCCGGCAGAGGGAAGGGGGAUGAGGUAUCGUGGUGGGGGUGUUGGUGCUGCUUGCGGCUUCGCCUCCUCGUUCCAGGCCGGCCCUCCUCCCAAACAUGCCCCGCUCUUUGCACCGAAUCCCAUUCUUAUUGCUAAUCUGAGGCCGGUGGGAGGGGAGAAGAGAGUGGGGGGUGGAGGGGAGGGCGAUGAGGGGGGGAUGGAUGGGUGGGUUGCGGUGCCAAGAUCCUCCCUGCCACGUGGCGGCCUGUCAUUGACUGUCGUGGCUGUGGAUUCGGGGGAGAGCGCGUGGGGGUGCCAGGUGGCGCGCUGUGAUUUGCUCGUUCCGGAGGAGGCCUGGGGGGAGGAGGAGAGGAGUGAGGGGGAGAAGGGGAGGGAGGAGAAGGGGAGGGAGGAGAAGGGGAGGGAGUGGGUGGUGCAGGAGGCAUUGGAUCCAGCUAAGCAUUACCAUGAGAGGAGGGCGGUGGAGGUGUGGAGGAGGGGAGAGGUGCACCGCAUUGCUGACGUGGCAAUGGCACAGGUGGCGAUAUUCGACUCUAUCGAGCGAGCUCACGGCCUAUUGGCCAGCUUCAUCAGCCCGUCAGAGCGCGACACGUGGCAGCAGCUGGCGUUCCUGCUGCAGUGGCCGGGCAUGGCAGCUGGCGGCAGAGUGGACAAGCUGCAGCGCUUUGGGUCGCACGAGCUGCACCUCUUCCUCUUCUUCCAUGACAACGCCUUUUUUGUGAAACACGUGCGGCCUGCCAUUGCCUCUAAGCUGGACUGCUCCUUCCUCGACCUCUGGCUGCUGGGCGACCUUGACGGGGUGUUGUCGUUCUGCGCCCUGCCGGCCUAUCUCAAUCUCAACGCACUCGAGAGGUGCCUGCUGGGGCUGGCCGUGUGUUUCCACAUGCUGCUGCAGCACAGGGGGCAGCGACCUCUAGACUGGCCGUACCAGACCCACCUCAUCCAUCCCUCUGAAGUCCUGGACGAUCUUAUCACGCUGGCAGCACCAACAACACCAGCGCUAGCAGCGCAGGCAGCAGGAGCCUCUUACCGUCGCUUCACCACAGCUCUCGCCAGCCGCAGCGACCUCCGCCCCCGUGCCGCACCCCCCGCCGAACCUCCCGCCAAACCUGCUGCCGAACCUGCAUCCCAACCCAAAGGCGCUCCUCCCCCUCCCCCUUCCGCUGCUCCCCUUCCCCCUGCCCCGGGCGCUGCCUCUUUCGGGGGCUUUGGAGGGACGCCCCCUCCUCCUCCCCCGGCUACGACUCGAUUUAGCUCUGAUGCUGUAUUAAUUGAGCAGUCACUUGCAGAGGAGGAUGAGGACGACGAAGAGGAGGAGGAGGAGGAGGAGGAGGAGGAGGAAACUGAGGAUAGCGACGUGGAUGAGGAGGAAAUGGGACUGGGUGAUGAGUAUGCAGAUGGUGGUAUAUACGAGGGUGAUACAUACGAGGGUGGUACAUACGAGGACGAUGGAGGCUUUCUGGUGUUGGAGGAAGAGAAGUUGGAGAAGAAACGGAGCAAGCCUCAGAUGCGUUACCUGUCUGCAGCACCAGGAGGGGGGGGGGGAGCAGCAGGGGGGUUGCAUUUCAGCUGCGAUGGAUGUGGUACCAACCCAAUCAGGGGACCCCGCUACCGCUCUCUUGUCCGGGACGACUACGAUCUCUGUGCGUCCUGCUUCGCCACCAUGGGCACACCGGGCGAGUAUCAGCGCUUUGACUCCGGCCCCUCCUUUGGAGCAGCAGCAGCUGGGGAAUUAGAGGAGGCUGUGCCCGUUCCAUCAGCGCAGCAGCGCCCCCACAAGGUGGACGUCACCAAGCGCUACGCGGAGACGCACUAUUACAAGCGUGCACUCAGCGAGCAGACACCGGACCUCAUCCCCUCCUCUCCCUUCUGGGUCGACUUCAUGCGCCACAUCCUCUCUUCUGCCGAAGCUGCUGCCAAACCUGCUGCCGAACCUGCCACCGAGACUGUCUCAGCAGCAAGCAGCUCUGCGCUUGCCUCGCUCUGCUCCUUUGCUCUCUCCCUCCCUCCCUUCGUCCCUGCAUCGCUGCACGAUGUUGCUUCCUCCUCCACUGCUGCUCUCUCUGCUCUUUCCAUUCUUGGCCUCCGCUUCGGCGGCAAGAUCAGGCAAACCGGUGCUUAUAACGAAGAGACUGGUGGGAGGGUGGGCGGGGGAGGUGGGUCUGCUGGCGCAGUGGAAGGGGGGGAACAUGGGUUUUCGUUUAGAGGCACGUCGGUUACAAUCACACCAGCAUCACCCAUGGUGGUGUACAAGCAGGAGUUGUGUGAGCGCCUCCGCCUGCCGCCGCUGCAGCCCUUCCAGAAGCGAGUCUUCACUGCUCUCUUCUACUUCCCCUUUCCUGGAAGCUUCUCGCUCUUCCCUGCGCACCUGCUGCCUGAAGCUGGGUCAGGCGGAGGGGGCGGGGGAGAGGGAGGGGCAAGGGAGGAGGAGGGCGGGGCAGACGUGGGGGUGGUGGCAGUGGCAGCAGGGGUACCGGCAUCGAUCCCCGUCCUCUCAUCGUCUGAAUACGAGAAGAUGGAGAUGGAGAGGCGAGAAGCCCUCCUUCAGCAGCACCUGCAGGCAGAAUCAGCACAAUCAGAAUCAUCAGCAGCAGCAGCUGCAGACAGGCAGAAGCAGCAAGCGGGAGGCAAGGCACAGUCAGCAGCAGAGGAGGCAGCGCAGAGGGCGGAGCUGUGGGAGGUGAUCUGCCAGUCGGGCAGCGAGCCGGACAUCCUCCGCAUGCUGCAAGGCCCCUCCCUGCGCUCCCUCGACCUCGCGCUCCUCCUCCCCCUCAUGCCCCACGCGCCCCUCUACCACUCCGUCACCUCCCUCCUCCGCCGUCGAAAGCUCUUCUCUCCCGCCAUCUGGCAAUACUCGCUCUUGCACCAGGACCCUCGGGGGAUGUCGGAGUAUUUGGCUUAUGAACCGGCCUUCCUUGCUCGGCUCUCCUCCCCGGUUCUCCACUCCUCUCUGCUGCAUAUCGAGCCGGGUGCGGCAGGGGCGAGGCUUUCGCUCCGGUAUCGGCUCAAUGGGAGCGCCGGUGUGCUAGGCUCAGGGGUAGGUUUGGGGCUAGGUCCGGUGUACGAGCAUGAGGAGUUCCUGCCGCUGCUGAACCCCCGGGCGCACAGGUUCGGAAUGAGUGGUUCAGAUGGGGAGAGGAGAGGGAAGAGGGUCCAGGGCGAAAGCAAGGGAGAGGGGAGAGCAGAGAGUGAGGAGGGAGGGUGGGUGGAGGAUCCGGGGGUGAACGACAUAUGGAACGAGCAGCUAUUGGAGCAUUACAGUCGGUUCUUGGAGGUGUGUGCAAGGAGGAAGGGCGGUAUGAGCGCACAGGAGUGCCUGGCAGCCGCAUACUACCUGCUGGUUCAAGACCGAGUCAAAGAGGCCCACCUCAUGUUUCUCCGGGCAGCCUCCGGAAAGAUUUUCGCCCUGCCCGACAUGUGGCGGGCAGCGCUGUGCGGUGGGAAUGGGAGUGCUGCUCCUGUUGGGGCUGGUGCAGAGACUCCUGCUGAAGCUCCUGCUGAGGGUGCUGAGGGCGGCGAGAGGUCUGCUGCUUCUGGUGUUGGUACCAAUACCAGCAGCACCAGUAGCAGCGCUGUCCCCUUCACUGACCUCCCUGCUACAGUGAAUGUGCAGCUGGCAGCAGAUUACAUGGCGGCCUUUCUCGACAUUCUCCUCUGCCCGACCGACCGCCUGCCUGUGGUCGCCCGGGCAGUUGCGAAAAAGUACCGAGCUGUGGACAGGAAUGGCGGCAGCAGUGGAGGAAGCUGCCCGGUGGUUUCCUGGAGAAAGCGCUUUGCUGACCUGGGCAAGCAGGUGUAUGAAAUUUGGAUGGCUGCGCGAGCUGCCCGGGCUGCCCGGGCAGGGGGGCGUAUCAUUGCACAGAGUGGUGUGGAGGGGCAUGGAGUGGCUGGGAUGGAAGGGCAGGCGCAGAGUGAUAAGAGAAUGGAAGGAGGAGGUGGAGGAGAGGGGGUUGGUGGGGGUGGCGAUGCAUGGGAGUGGGAGGAGGACGAUGACUGGGUGCUCACAGGCGGUCAGGCCCCAGCAGGGGCAGCAGGAGGAGGAGGAAUUGAAGCAGUGGGAGAAGGGGCAGCAGCAGCAGCAGCAGCAGCAGCAGCAGCAGCAGCAGCAGCAGCAGCAGCAGCAGCAGGAGGAGGAGGAGGAGGAGAAGCAGCAGCAGGAGGAGAAGCAGCAGCAGGAGGAGCAGGAGGAGCAGCAGCAGCAGUUGAAACAACAGCUGCUGCGGACGAGGACAUUGCUGACGUGGCACAGCUGGUGGAGGCAGCGGAGGGGGACAGCACAGCAGUGGACCCGUUCUCCUUGAAGAAGAGCUCCGGACCCAAACCCUCCCAGGAGCCCUUCCUGGACGCCAAGCUGCUGCCCCCUGCUGCUGCUUCUGGCACAGCCAGCCCUGAACUCGGUACAGUCACGCCGGGUACAGUCACGGCAGCGGCGGUGGCGGCGGCGGUGGUGGGGGUGCGGUAUGCGAACGUGGGGAGCAUCCGAGUGGACGUGUUUGCGUUCGACGAGGAGACCUUCUUCUCCUCCUCGCCCUUCUCCCUGCUCUCAGGCGCAGCAGCAGCUGGUGGGGAAAGCAGUGUGAAGGAUGGCAGGCGUGGCAGGGAUGGGAAGGCAGGAGGAGAGGGUGGCAAUGGGGUGGGCGGGCCCUCGUCCAUCUUCGUGGCUCCGAAUUGGUCCACAGUUGUCAGCACUGGCAGUGGCAGAAGUGGCAUUGGUGGUGCAGCUGCUGGUACAGGCUGCAGCAGAGGUAGCAGUGGCAGCAUAGGCAGCAGUGGCAGCAGAGGCAGCAGUGGCAGUGUGGUGGUGGCGUUGCCAGCGGAGUUUGAUUCAGAGGCAGUGCUCAUCACUGUCUCGUCGGGUGCUCUCACCACCACUCUCCUCAGGCCGGUGCAUGAGUCUCUUGUGGUAGAGGUAGUGGAGAGGCUGGGUCAGCUGAGAGUGCUUCACCGCAUUCCCAAAUCUGCGCCAGCACCUGCCGAUGGGUCUUCGGGCAGUGGGCAAGCAGGAGCAGUGGAAGGCAGGCUGGAGUCAGCUCAGGGAACUUUGGUGCCGCUGCCCGGAGCGUAUGUGAAAGUUUUCUUCCGCCCGAAGUCGCGAGGGGUUUCCUACCUUCUCAGCGGCAGUGCAGGGGAGGAGAGGGGUGGGGCGGAGUUUUACAAGGAUGGGUACACGGACAGGCGUGGGUGGUUUGACUAUGCGUUUGUGAGCACGGAGGAUGUGGAGAAGGUUGAUAUGUUUGCUGUGCUUGUGACUAAAGAGGGGGCGGGUUCAGUUGUGCACCAUGUGAAGCCUCCCAAGGUUUGA